GUUCAAAUUUCAGCGAUGUUUCGCUGGAAGCUCUAUGAGACGAGUUUGACUUGUGCAAUUUCAGCGAUGCUUCACUCCAAGCGUGAAUACUCGCACAAAGCAAUCAGAACUUGCUAUUCAAACAAAGUUUUGCAAUUUCAGAUUCACUCUUCGGAGAAAUUUUCCAUCAAAUUCAUCCAUGUCUUCCAAAUUUGAAUCCAGAUCUAGUUCCGGUCCAAACCAGAAGAGGUACAACGUGUUCUUGAGUUUCUGCCCUACAGAUGUCGGACAGUUUGUUCCCAAUCUCGAUAUGGCUCUUAGUUCAGAAGCUGGAAUCUUUGUUUUUGGGGAAGAUGAGAGGUUUCAACACGGGGAACAGGUAGAGUCGGUGCUGAAUGUAAUUCGAGAAUGCAGAAUUGCUAUAGUUGUAUUUUCAAGAAAUUAUGCUAAUUCAAGCUCGUGUAUUAAAGAAUUGGAGAAAAUAACCGAGUGUUGCCGAACCUCCGAUUUUAGUGUUCUUCCCUUGUUUUGUGAUGGUGUUCAUGCCUCAUAUGGAAGUUUAAAGGGAGAUAUGUUUGGAGAGUCUUUUCCUAAUUUUAUUGAUAGAAUAUCCAUGAAGGGAAUCCCUAAAAAUGAAGAUAAGCUCAUGACUUGGGUGGCUUUGAUCACUAAAGCUACCAAAUAUUUAGGAUCAAGUGAUCGCCUACACAAACCCACACACAGGUAUGAAAAUGUAUAUAUUAAGGAUAUAGUUGAACGUGUUACGUGUGUGAUAAGCAACAAAUACUCAUUUGCGACUACCCAUGCACCGAGUGUAAAAUCUAGUGUGCAAGAUGUGGUUCAACUAUUGAAACAAUCAAAAUAUCCUCUCCUACUAGGGAUAUGGGGGAUGACAGGGAUUGGUAAAUCAACCAUUGCCGAAGCCAUUUUUGUUCAAAUUGGUCUUUAUUUUGAAUACAAGUGCUUCCUCGAUAACGUUGGGGAAGUUGGGACAAAAAAUAAUGAUCUACUUUCAUUGCAAGAGAAACUUCUUUCUGAUAUUAACGGACCAACUGAAGAAGAGAUGCCUAUAUCCGCAGUUGAAUCAAGAGUGAUCUUAAAACAAAUUCUUCGAAGUAAAAGAAUACUUCUUGUACUUGACAAUGUUGAUAAAUUGGAGCAGCUACAUGCUUUGUGUGGAAGUCGUGAAUGGUUUGGUGAAGGUAGCAAAAUAAUCAUCACGACAAGAGACAGGCAUCUACUCAAGGAGCAUGGAGUUGACCACAUAUAUCCAGUGAAACAACUGGAUGAAAGUAAAUCACUCGAGGUUUUGAAUUGGGGUGCAUUCAGCCAAGCUCGGAAUCCUCGAGAAGAUUUUGUUGAAGUUUCUAGACAACUAGUUGCUUAUUGUGGGGGAUUACCUCUUGCUCUUGAAGCCCUUGGGAUGUUCUUGCGCAGAAAGGAAGUACUUGAAUGGAAGGGUGUGUUGAGGAGUCUCCAAAGAUUUUCAAUUCCAGCUCCACGACUACUAGAAGCUCUUGAAAAGAGUUUUAGAAAUUUGAGUAAUGAAGAGAAAUGCAUAUUCCUUGAUAUAGCAUAUUUCUUUAUAGGGAUGAACCAAAAGGAUGUACUCCAAACAUUAAAUAGGUCAACACAAUCCGCAGCUUUUCAAAUAAGUCUCCUUCAAGACAAGAACUUUGUAACUAUUGAUGAGAAUAACAAACUUGAAAUGCCUGUUCUGCUACAAGCCAUGGCAAGAGAUAUCAUUAAGAGGGAAUCAAGUAAUAAGACUCAUCAGCCAAAGAUAUACGAUGUGUUUUUGAGCUUCAGAGGAGAAGAUAAUCGGUCAAAGUUCGUGUCACAUCUCUAUUCUUCUCUUCAAAAUGCAGGGAUUUAUGUUUUCAAAGACGAUGACGAGAUUCAACGAGGAGAUCAAAUCUCAAUCUCACUACUGCAAGCAAUUGGACAGUCUAGAAUUUCUAUCGUUGUUUUGUCUACAAAUUAUGCUAAUUCUAGAUGGUGUAUGCUAGAGUUGGAGAAGAUCAUGGAAAUUGGCAAGGUCAAGGGUCUGGUGGUCGUGCCAGUGUUCUAUGAGGUAGAUCCCUCAGAAGUACGUCACCAGAAAGGUCUUUUUGGAAAAGCUUUUGAAGGUCUUAUAUCAACAACAAUCUCCGUGGAUAAAUCCACUAUGAGUAAUUGGAGAAAAGAACUCUUUGAUAUCGGUGGCAUAGGAGGGUUUGUACUCGUAGAUUCCAGGAAUGAAAGUGGUGAUAUCAAGAAUAUUGUUGAACAUGUUACUCGUUUGCUAGACAGGACAGAAUUAUUUGUUGCUGAACAUCCAGUGGGAAUUGAAUCUCGUGUGCAAGCCGCAGCAAAGCUAUUAAACAUCCAAAUAGCAGAUGAUGUUUUACUUCUAGGGAUUUGGGGCAUGGGGGGUAUGGGAAAAACAACCAUUGCCAAAGCCAUCUAUAAUCAAAUUGGGAGCAAAUUUGAGGGAAAGAGCUUCCUUUUGAAUAUAAGGGAACUUUGGGAAACAGAUACUAAUCAAGUUUCAUUACAACAACAAGUACUUUGUGAUGUUUACAAAACAACGUCAUUCAAGAUACGUGACAUUGAAUCAGGGAAAAAUAUAUUGAAGCAAAGACUUUCACAAAAAAAGGUACUUUUUGUGCUUGAUGAUGUGAAUGAAUUGGACCAACUAAAGGCUUUGUGUGGAAGCCGCGAAUGGUUUGGUUCAGGAAGUAGAAUAAUCAUUACAACCAGAGAUAUGCAUCUUCUUAGAUCGUGUAGAGUUGAUAGAGUGUAUAAAAUAGAAGAAAUGGAUGAAAGUGAAUCUCUUGAGCUUUUUAGUUGGCAUGCAUUCAAGCAACCAAGUCCGAUAGAAGAUUUUACUACACAUUCAUCCGAUGUGAUUGCUUAUUCUGGGAGGUUGCCACUGGCACUUGAAGUCCUUGGCUCCUAUUUGUCUGACUGUGAAAUAACAGAGUGGCACAAAGUUUUGGACAAACUCAAAUGUAUCCCCCAUGAUCAAGUACAGAAGAAGCUAAGAGUAAGCUUCGAUGGUUUAAAAGAUGUUACUGAACAACAAAUAUUUCUUGAUAUAGCUUGUUUUUUUAUUGGAAUGGACAGAAAUGACGUCAUACAAAUAUUAAAUGGGUGUGGAUUUUUUGCCGAUAUUGGAAUUAAAGUCCUUGUAGAGCGAAGUCUUGUAACGGUUGACAAAAGGAACAAGCUUAGAAUGCAUGAUCUGCUGAGAGACAUGGGAAGACAAAUAAUUUAUGAGGAAUCCCCAUUUGAUCCUGAGAAUCGCAGCAGGUUGUGGCGCCGAGAGGAUGUGUUUGAUAUGUUAUCAAAGCAAACGGGAACAGAAGCUGUCAAGGGUCUGAAUUUGGAGUUUCCAGGAAAAAAUACAGUUUGUCUGAAUACCAAUGCAUUUAAGAAGAUGAAUAAACUCAGAUUGCUUCAACUUGCUGGGGUACAGCUUAAUGGAGAUUUUAAAAAUCUUUCAACAGAUCUAAGGGGGCUGUACUGGCAUGGAUUUCCGUCAACUUACACUCCUGCAGGAUUUCGGCAAGGAAGACUAGUUGUCGUCGAAUUAAAAUAUAGUAAUCUCAAACAAAUAUGGAAGAAAAGCCAGAUGCUAGAGAAUCUAAAAAUUCUUAAUCUUAGUCAUUCUCGGGAUUUGACUGAAACUCCAGACUUUUCAUACUUGCCUAAUCUUGAAAAGCUAGUACUCAAAGACUGCCCAAGUUUGUCUACAGUCUCCCAUAGCAUUGGAUCUCUCAGUAAAAUUCUUCUUAUAAAUUUGACAGACUGCACAGGUCUUCGAAAACUUCCUAGAAGCAUCUAUAAAUUAAAAUCUCUAGAAACUCUGAUUCUUUCUGGAUGUUCCAUGAUUACCAAAUUGGAGGAAGACAUGGAACAGAUGGAAUCAUUGAUAACUUUGAUUGCAGAUAAGACUGCAAUAACAAAAGUGCCUUUUUCAAUAGUAAGAUCGAAAAACAUUGGUUACAUUUCUCUAUGUGGCUUUGAAGGAUUUUCACGUGAUGUAUUUCCUUCUAUCAUUCAGUCUUGGAUGUCACCAUCAAAGAAUUUGAUAUCUCUAGUUCAAACAUAUGUGCCCACUUCAUCUCUUCGUACUUUCAAGGACCUUCUAAAGCUUCGAAUUCUUUGUGUAGAGUGUGGUUCUAAACAACAACUAAGUCGAGAUGUAGAAAAUGUUUUGGAUGUAUUAAAAGCUACAAAUUAUCAUAAAUUGGAUGCAAGGGCAACUGCACCACAAAUCUCUGAUAUGUUUCCUUCUCCUUUAAUUGAUGAUUGCCUUGGUGAAGUUCGCACUUCAGGGUCAAAGAAUUACUUGAAAUCUUUCUUAAUUCAAAUGGGAACGAAAUUCCAAGUAUCCAAUAUUGCCGAAGACAACAUUUUACAGACAGCAGAUGGGACUUGGGAUUCAUUUUUGCUCCCCUGUGACAAUAUAUCCGAUUGGUUAAACUUCAGUUGCCAAGGUAGUUCUAUAAUAUUUGUUGUCCCGGCAAUGAAAGGGAGCAUCCUGAAGAGUAUGAUGUUGUUCGUCCUCUAUUACUCUUCCCAAGACAACAUAAUAUCAGAAGGUUGCCAUGGUAUGUUGAUCAUAAAUUACACAAAGACAACCAUUCAGGUCUAUAAAAGAGAUACACUAAUGUCCUUUGUGGAUGGGGAUUGGCAGAGUAUUACAGCAAAUCUAGAACCUGGUAACGAAGUGGAGGUUAUGGUUGUUUUUGGGGAGGGAUUCACUGUAGAGAAGACAACAAUAUCUUUCUUAUAUGAUAAACCAAUCAACCAAGAAAUGGAAAACCGCAAUGAGGUAGACGAGGAGGGUGUUAUUGUUUAUUAUGGUCAUGAUGAGGAGGAUGUUAGUGUUUUUGAUGGUUAUAAUACUGAUGUGCCAGUGGACAACAUUGCUACUGGUCUUGGUCAAGAUGAAACUAUAAGUGAAGAUAGGCGCUUGCAUGCAAUGGAUAAGAAUUCUGAUGAUGAUGCCAUAGCAACAAGUAAGAAACCUGCCUGCUGUUUCUGGUGGCGGUGAUAUACCCGCAGACUAGAAUGGUGCCGUUUCUAGGGUAGACGAAAAUGUGAGUGAUAUGAACAACUGGGAUGCGGUAGACCGUAGACAAGGAUGUUAAUGUUUCUGGGGAAGUAGGGAAGAAUGUUGUUUCUGGUGGAAAUGUAAAUGUGACUGAUAAGAGUAUUUUUUUCCCCUUAAGUAAAAGCUUUCUUCUUUUCAUCCUAUGAUGCAAGCAGAAUUUAACAAAUGAAGCUGUUGGACAAACAGGAUUUAAGUGUCACAUAUGUGGUUUCUUCCCCAAGCCUCCUUCCGUUGUUUGAGCUGUACUGAUCUCGCGGCUUUUCAGGUCCAGUCUGGUUGGCGUUCUAGUUUGGUGCACUUCCAGCCAUUUUAAGAAGGGAAGAAGUCCAAACCUUAUUACAAGGUUCAAGUGAAAGGUUCUCACAGCUCACUCUACAUAUUCCGAAACUUCAGAGUCAGGCCUCACUGCAAAGGCAACAUAUGGUGGGUUCAGCAAACAAUAACUUCAUCUUCUUGAUAACACAGGUCCAUCAGGUUUUGGAGGGAUCAUCACCCUUGUGCUCUCAAAACUGGUCUAUUUCUUUUUAAUAUACUCUCAUGGUUGUGUAGAUUAGCUUAUUUUUUGAGGAAUUAAAAUUGAUUUAGCCAUAAUUGAAUUUAUCUAUUAUUACAUAUAUGAAAACAGAAGCGCGAAGUAAUUCAUCUAUUAUUGUGCCAUGUAAUCAAUAUAUUAUGCCAUGUAAAAAAUAUUAUGAGUUGGCAUCUUCCAAUACUUACAAUGUCCUUCUUAAUAAUACUGUGCAUUCUCUGUAGCAACCAAUUCAAUUCACUCUUUUUCUUUAUGCUUAUUCUGUUUUUCUUUUAAUGCACCUACUUUAUAACACCACUCAAUUCUUUUGCCAUUCUUCCACUAUUAUUUCAUAAGUUAUAAUUAAACUCUUUUUCCAUUUUGGAUAAAUGCUUGUCUCUCUUCCAUCUCACAUUGGUUCAUUUGCCAUCGAGUGUCUUACCUGUCCCACUCUUACACUGGUUCAAUUUUUGCAGACAUGGUGAGUAUUCUUCUUCCAUUUUUUUAAGCAAAAAAAUUAUAUUAUAAGAAUUAUGAUGGGUACUCCAACCAAAUACAAUAAAAUAGUCUAAGCACAGUAAAAAUUAUCUAUGGUAAUUUCUUUUUUCACCCUUAUGGUGUGGUUCACACUUUUAAAAAUUUGAAAUUGAUCUUAAAAUAUUUUGGAGAUAUAUCUUCGAACGCACUUCAGUCAGUUUUUGCCAAAAGUUAAUCUGGCGAUACAUCUCCAAAAUUUUUAGGGUAAAUUCGGAUAUGUAUCUUCGAAACCCCAUUUGCUACACGUUUUCAUUAAAAUUGACGCCGUUUUCGGGGAUUCUCUGUUGAUUUUAAUCAAUAUUAUAAUCAUAGAAAUUGUAUCCUUGCGACCUAGUGUAAAAAACUCGAUUUUCAGAAAAAUCGACCUUGAAUCGAAAUUUUACCUUAUCAUUUCAUUAGAAAAAUCAUGAAUCAAAGUCCUAGAUUUAGAAACUAAAUAUGGAAAAUCACGAAAAAAUUUGUAUACUCUUAAUUUGAUUUUUAACUGUAUAUUUAGAAGUUUAUAAUUUUAUUUUAAUCGCUUUUUUAUUUUUCAAUUGUUUUUCUCAAUAGAGGCGUCGUUGAUAUUUACAUAUUUAUUGCAUUGUUGAUGCAUGACUAUUAUAUCUAUCAAUUUAAACUCAUGUGAAUUUAUUUAAACAAAAAUUACUUUAAAAUCAAUUUAUUUAGAGUUAAAAUUAAUCUUAUAAAGGGCUUGUUUUUUGUUUUAAAA